UAUCACCAUGAGUCUGUAGCCUGACCUUUGACUCUGUGCAGUUUUGUCAGCGGGACAGCUCAAGCAGCUGAGUCAAAGGAGAGACGCACGCCCUACAGUGAAAAAAUUCUAAGAGCUGCAAAGUUUUGGCAGGAUCUUGAGCUGCCACUCUACCAAUUUCCAAACAAAAAUGACUGAGACUGAACAAACGGCCGGGAGCAAUUCUUCACAGGGCAAGCCUGCUGUCAGAGCCUGGACUCAAUACAGAACAACAGGGGUCCUGAGUGAGACCAGGUCCCGCUUUGAAGGAGAUGGGGUCCGAUACAAGGCCAAGCUGAUUGGCAUGGACCCGGUUCCCCAGGCACAGGGAGAAAAAAUGUGUUUGGAUUCUAUGAUGAAACUGAAGGGCUUUGAGGUUGCAGAGAGAAAAAUGGGAAAACACAAGAUGAAAAUAUGGCUGAAAAUUUCUUCCAAUGGCUUAAAGAUUUUGGAUGAGCGGACCGGGGUUUGUCUUCAUGACCAAGACAGAACCAGGAUCAGCUCGGUAACAAAAGACAAGUCGGACCCCAGAGCUCUGGCCUACAUCUACAAACAUGAAGAAACCUACAUCCUCUUUUACAUCAAAACAGCCACCCAGGCAGAUCCAAUCCUUUCAGACAUCAUGGAGGUUUGCCAGCGUGUGGACCAGGAGACUUCUCAUAAACCUGCAGAGACCCCAGAUAUAUCUUUAGUGGUGCUGAAUGAAGGUGUGGCUUCCCAGGAGAUGGGAGAAGCUGAGGAGACGGUGCUAAAUCCACCACCUGACUCCUCAUCAGGACAAACAAACCAGACCUCUACAAGUAAUGAAUUGAUGCAGAUAUUUUCCCCACCAAUGACAGAGCCUCUGAGCCCAGAUCAGAUCCCUUCUGUAAGCCAGCCAACUUCUCCUGCAGAGUCUCCACAGCAAGGCCUCUCCACCGCUCAGAUUCUCUCCAUGUUCCCCAGACAGCCACCAGGGGGCUCCCCAUACAUCUCUCCACCAUUAUCUCCAAAUCCAAUGCCCUGGGGUCAGCAGGGUCUUCUGGGCAACCAGACAGGGUUCUGGCCCUCUGUUCCUGGAAUGCCAGCUGGGGGGCCACAAGGUGUUUUGGCGCCCCCUGCUGUAGUUCAGCCUCAACCUGGAUUUGUGAUGAUGAUGAGCCCAACUGCCCCCCAGCCACUUAACCAAUAUCCCAAUCCUUUAAACUCCAUCGCUAUGCCUAAUGGAAUGGCCGGAGCACCUGGAGCCCCUGCGAUGGACGACAACCCCCUCCUUGGAUGAACUGGAUAUAAUUGGAAAUGCUUAACUUUACGGUCAGAAAAUCCAAAUCGACUCAUAUAUAUUUUUUGAUCAAAAAUGGAGAUGAAGACUCAACACAUCAAAGAAUUGUACUAUUUGGUGUUUUUUCUGCUCCCCUUAAAGAAUCUUCAUAAAUUAAUACUUCACUUUUCUUAACAUCAACCAUCUGAAAAAUUUCUCAGUGGCCCUUAAAGAAAAGUUGUUUUAUAGACUUACAUUUAUGAUAGAACUCGUGAAAAUGAACAAUCUGCAAUAUCUACUGAUCAGUUAUUGUACAUCCAUUUGUAUUACUGAUUACAAUAUUCUUAAAUAUCAUUUAAGCUUCAUAAACUGAGUGACAUUAUUUUUUGUAAAUAAUAGCUUAGCAAAUGCAUUAUUUGUUUUUAAGGAGUUUUUGCCAGAGAUCAUUUUUGGCUGUACCUAGAUCCCAUUCAUUUGCCCUAUGUUUAAUUUUACAUUCUCUCCUACUGUUAACCUUCUGGACCUCCAUAAAUACAGGAACAAUAAAUGGUCAGUUUGCCUUUA